AUGCAACAUAAUUGUACUCAGCUCACCAGGUUACCAAUUGCAGGUUUCCCUGUCAACAGAUACAACAGCAACAACAAAGCAGUGGGACCGCUUACUCUGCUGCCUGAGAAUGCUCUGCUGCCCCAGUUGGUUGACUUUGCAGAAGUCCCCUUCAACUAUGCCACCCGGGGACUUCCCUCCCAAGAACCCUCCAAGCAACCCAAAACAGCUUACCUGGGUUACCAAAACAGCAAUUUGUUUAUGGCUCCAGAAUACACCCUUCUACACACCGCCAACAAAGCAGGCAGGUUCCCUGCUCCAUCUUAUGCCUACAGCCACAAGCAUGACAUUGCUGCCCUCAUGCAGCAACUGUCUUUGGUUGCCAUUGCACAGAGUGCUGACCCAAUCUCCCCCAGGUUUGGUAACAACUUCAUUGCUUCUGUUUGGGAAUGGCCAGGAGAACCAAACCCUGUUGUCAACUUGGGACCACCUGAAUGGCCCACUGUACCACAGCAGCAUAUGCUGCUGUUCUUGUAG